AUGGUUCCAGGAGGUGGAUUGGCUUUUGAGGGAAUGGUUGGGGCCAAUGAGUGUCCUGUUGCUAUUGAGGCCAAGGCCAAUGGUGUUCCCAAAGUCAUCACCAACAAACUUAUUGCAGACGGCAUGCCUGAAUUCGUUGCCAACAUUGCUACUGAAGGUAUUGCCAACAACGCUCCUGUAGUUAUUGCCAACAUUUCUUCUGAACCUAUUGCCAGCCCCAAACCGGAAGUGAUUGCCAAUGGCACUCCUGUGGUUAUUUCUGACAGUGCCCCAGUAUUGAUUGCCCCUGUAGGUAUCAAGGCCAGGGCUGGGGCUAACAACAAUUCACCUGUGCCUGUAGUAUUGAUCACUGACAAGUCACCUGAGUUUAAUGCAAAUGAGUUGCCUGAGUUUAACGCUGACAAGUUGCCUGAUUUUAAUGCCAACAUUGCUCUUGUAGUUACCAAGGUCAAGAGCAGGGCUGGGCUGGGGCCAACAACAAUUCUAUAG